AUGCCUCUUUCUUUUUCUUGUGUUCUCGUUACUGGUGGCGGAGGUGGAUUAGGCAAGGCCAUAGCAGAAUACCUACUGAAGGAAGGCAAGAAGGUCAUCAUUGCUGGACGAACCGAAAACACUCUACGCGAGACCGCGAAAGAAAUCGGUGCUACCGAUUACUUUGUCCUCGACACUGGAAAAAUCGAUCAAAUAUCUUCAUUCGUGGACAGCAUCAUCACGAAAUAUCCAGAGCUCGACUGUUUAAUCAAUAACGCCGGCGUUCAACGCCCCCUUGAAGUGUUACGACAAGAGCCUACGGACUUUUUGCAAAGUGCCGAUGAAGAGAUCGACAUUAACAUUCGUGGCCCGAUGCACUUGACCCUUCGCCUACUCGAACACUUCAAGAGUAAGCAGCAAGGUGCAACUAUUAUCAAUGUGUCGUCGAUCCUUGCAUUUGUUCCCUUCGCGAUUAUCAAUCCAGUCUACAAUGGCACAAAAGCGUGGCUUCAUUUCUGGUCAAUGGCCCUUCGUUCCCAGUUAUCCCGCGGCGGAUACGAAAAGAUCAAUGUGGUCGAGGUCGCGCCUCCUUCUGUCGCGACAAAUCUGCAUCGUGAUCGGGAUGAUCCUGACGAUAACAAAAAGCACAAAAACCCCAACGUCUUAUCGGUGGAGGAGUUUAUGGACUUCUUCUCUACUGGGUUAGAGCGCGGAGACACCAUGAUUGCACCCGGAAUGAGCCAGGAUAUCUCAGACAAGUGGCAUGAGGGAUUUGGAACCAUGUAUCAAAAACUGUCUGGUGGACCCUGA